AGAAUCGCUUGAUAUAUAGACGACUUGGCAAGUUUGUCCCCUUUGAUACCGACGCUACAGUAUUCUCCACCACUGAAGAAGACGACGACGACGCACACGUUGGCUCAUUUCAUUUGCUUUAUGUUUAUGCGCUUAACCUAACUCAUUCAUGGAAUCAUCCCGAUUCCUUGUCACUACCAGCUGCGAGAUUCGCCUUUUUGGGUUGAUUCUGCGUUAUUGUGCAGAGAACCUAUUGGGGUAUUCCCUGAUUUGUUGCUUCCCGAAUUCACUCAUAUUUGCUGUUGAAGAUCUAGGUGGAGGCAUGAAGGAAAGUGUUUGACUUUGAUUCUAUCCUCUUUGAUGAACUUGGCUUGUUUAGAACAGACAAUCUUUUGUCUUUGCCUUGGCUUCAAUUUUACAUAAAAGGGAUUCAUUUCAGAGUCAUUUGUUAUAUUACGUUUUGAGUUCAUACUUCAUGGUGAUUGUUAACAUUCAAGAUUGGAUGGUGUACUGUACAUAUGUUCUUCUAUUGAUGGGUUGUGAUUAACUUUGCUUCAAAGUAGAGAAAGGAAACAUGGAUGAUGGAGAUAUUCAGCUUUCAGAUAAUGCUAUGUUGCUGAAUCCAGAAUCAUCCAGUGAUUUCCAGGCUUUAGCAUCCAUGAACACGAUGAAUGAAUCAUUCAAAGAGACCAUGACUUGCACACACACUCACACCUGCAACCCUCCUGGCCCAGAUGCUGUACAUAGACACACAUGCUAUCACACUCACACUUGCAACCCUCCUGGUCCAGAUGCUGUACAUACACAUACAUGCUAUCACAGCCACACGCAAGUUUUUGCGCCAGAAGAUGACAAGGAGCAUACCAAAUCAAAGGCAAGAAGGCCUUCGAGUAACAGAGAAGCAGUUAGGAAGUAUAGGGAGAAGAAGAAGGCGCAUACAGCUUAUUUGGAGGAGGAAGUCAAAAGAUUGCAUCUGCAGCAUGUGCAACUAGUCAGGAAACUUCAGAAGCAGGCAAUUCUUGAGGCCGAGCUUUCGAGGUUGAGAAGCAUUUUGAUAGAUAUUAGGAGGAAAAUUGGCAAUGAAUUAGGUGUUUUCCCUUAUGAGAAGCAGUGCACGUCUUAUGGUCAGACCAAUUUCCCAUGCUUCAAUAGUCCACAUGCAGGAUCAUCAUCUCAGGUUGCUGUUUGUGGAAAUGGUAAAUUGUUAGCUCAAUGGGAAAGGAACUGUCAACCUGCCAUUUUAGAUUGUCAAGUAAACGUAGAUAAGAAGGAAAGUACUGAAGAAGAAGAAGAAGAAGAAGACAGCAUUGAAGGUGAUGGAUAGCUUGAUGCCAUCGGCAUCUCGAGCUGAGUAAUUGCCAGAGAAGUAUGUUCUGAGUUCUUUCUUAUAAUUACUUUGUUAGAUUCUCAUUCUACUUGUGGUGGUGAGGGGAGGUCAGCUAUAUUACUGGUUUUUAGCUAGUCAUAAAGGCUUUUGAAAUUACUUGGCUAUGAUAUAGUUUCAUUUCUAUGGGUAAAGUAAUUUAUAUCACACCAGCUUGUAAGAAGGGUAUAGAUUUUUCUUUUAAUAAGAACUUCCCUUUGAAUUUGUCAA